GGUUGCCACUUCUCUUUGUUUUCAUAACUGAUGCAAAGCAUUGCUUGCAGCUGCAGGCACCACCAUAGCCACUCCCAAUUCCGAAGGAGUCAAGUACUCCACUCUACUUUACUACUGGUGUGUGGUUCGCUUUCUACCUUCUAAACCAGAAGCAAAAUCAAAUCUGGAAGAAGAUUUGGUUUCGCGAAAUGGCUUCUGGAUUGGUACUUUCACGUCCUGUUACUUUUGUGACCGGCAAUGCCAAAAAGCUUGAUGAAGUUCGUGCCAUCUUGGGCCAGUCAAUUCCAUUUCAGUCCCUCAAACUUGAUUUGCCAGAGUUGCAAGGAGAACCUGAAGAUAUCUCCAAAGAGAAGGCUCGUUUGGCUGCUGUUCAGGUUAAUGGACCUGUGUUGGUUGAAGACACUUGCCUUUGUUUCAAUGCCUUGAAAGGUCUUCCAGGGCCUUACAUCAAAUGGUUUUUGCAGAAGAUUGGUCACCAAGGUCUCAACAAUUUGUUGAGGGCAUAUGAUGAUAAAUCAGCUUAUGCCUUAUGUGUAUUUUCCUUUGCGAUUGGCCCGAAUAGCGAACCUAUCACAUUUGCUGGAAAAACUCCGGGGAAGAUUGUUCUUCCAAGAGGACCCACUGAUUUUGGAUGGGAUCCAAUUUUUCAACCUGAUGGCUAUGAGCAAACGUAUGCAGAGAUGCCCAAGGAGGAGAAGAAUAAAAUUUCCCACCGCUUCAGAUCUCUUGAACUAGUGAAGUCAUAUUUUGCGGAAGCUGGAUAUGCAUUUCAGAUCAAUAAUGUCUGACAGCUUUUGUUGCCAUUGAGGUUAGAUUAUAGGUUGCAAGAACUUUAUGAAAUUUGGUUCAGUUUUUGGCUAGUUGCCAUUUCUUUGUUAGACUUGAAUAUGGAAAAUGAAAUUUGAGUUCAACAAUAUUAGAAUCAACGAUCGCUGAAAUUGACAGCAAAGUUGGAUUUCUAGCAAUAUGGAAAUCAUUUGAACAUAUUAAAAGGUAGCUUUCUAUGUCAUUUAUCUUAAAAGAAAAAAAUUCUAAAACUUUAGUGUAAAUUAGGCACAUUGUAUAAUAUUAAAAAACUUAUGUGGCCUUGUACUAUCAAGUUUUAUCCCUUUUGGUCAUGUAUUACACAAACCACACACUACAGUGCACAUCCCAGCAGUGCCGGGGUGUGGCUGCUUCAAGAGGCAAUGUGUAAGGCCACAAAUGUCAGUGGAGAAACAGAUUUAUGCGUUGCAGAGAUUCAAACAUUGGAGCGGAUUUGACAUA